AUGGCUAAAAAGAACAAGAAACGAGCAGCUAAACAAAAUAAACGGAAAGUGGUGGCCUCAAAAACCGUGGAAACACCAGCGUCGGAAACACAAGAACAAGAACAGACGAAACAAGGACGUCGUAAUAAAAACAAUCGAAACGGGCACCCAAGAAAAUGUUUUGGUUUAGGAAUAUCAAGUUUGAGACAACAACUCAAAGAACUCGGUUUAUAUCUUAAAGAUAUCGCUGGUGACGGUAACUGCUUGUUUAGAGCUCUCUCAGACCAGUAUUAUGGAAGUCCUGGUAAACAUGCAAAAAUUCGCUCAGAAGUCUGCGACUAUUUAGCAGCUAAUAAGAAACACUUUAAGCAUUUUGUUGAAGAAGAUCGAUUCGAUGAUCAUAUUGCGCAAAUGCGUAAGCUAGGGACCUAUGGUGGUAACAUGGAACUUGUAGGAUAUGCACAAUUACAGCGAGUCAAUAUAAGAGUAUAUCAGCCGGGAACAAUAUAUGUGAUCUCAGGCAAUGACUUUGAUAGCAAGGAGAGUUCUAAAAAACUGGAUCGUAACAGAAAGACACUUCAUAUAGCAUAUCAUAACUGGGAACAUUACAGUUCGGUGCGCAACAUACGAGGUCCGCAUGACGGUGACCCUGAGAUUACGUUGUCGGAAGAGGUGAUGACAAAAGAUAGACAAAUUUCAAAGGAAAAUCUGAUAAGGGCUACAUCAGAGAGGAAAUACUAUGCAGAAGCGCAAGAAGUAAGUUGGGUAUUGAAAAUCAGACGGAUGCGGGAAGAUAUCACUGCAUCAACUAAUGUCUCAGUGGGAGCAGACGACCCAGCUGCAACUGCCUCUCCCGUAGAUAUUCAUUUGUUGAUUUCUGGGGCCUUCAUGGCUGUUGAUGUUACGAUAUCUGUUACUUCGGUCAAUAGUCACGAUGCCAUUUAA